CACCGGCGGUCUCAGUUGAGCCGAACAUCUCGCACCGUCAACAUUACCUCCUGAAACGUUUGUUUUAAUUUCUAAUUGUGAAAAAAAAUGGUGAUUAAUUUUAACUAAAGUUUUAAAGUGCUUUCAAGAUGAUUAAAGUGAUAAUUAUCCUGACAAUUGUCACGUGCGCGUGCUCAAGACCCGCGAGUUUUAAUUCAGAUAAGAAAAUAACUCCUUUUAGUACUAAAACAUUGGAAUCGAUGCUUGAAAAGGCAAUUUUUAAGAUAAUUACCGGCGAGCUUAGCAAUGGAGAUUUGUUGCUUUUAAGGAGCUUGAAUUAUAGCUUAGAAGAAGUUUUGGAGAUUCGUGAAAGAGAACUUGCUAAAAAAGAGGACAAUUUUUUGUCUAAGGAGAAUUUUUCUACCGAAAAAUUCGAAGAUUCUGACGGAGUUGACGUUGAAGAGUACAACAGGCAAGCUGUUUUGGAUUAUGAAACUUUAGCGAAUAAAAUGGAGGAAGAAAAGGAGGAAAUUCAGGAGGUAGAGCCGGAAAAUGAACACUUGGCUUUUGAUAAAGCAAUGGAGCCCCACGUGGUGUUUAAAAUUAGGUUUAAUGAAACGGAAGAUCAAGAAGGUGAUUUAGGAGGUGCUCUUCCUAAUUUAGAUUCAGGAGGGAGCACUUCUGAAGCUAGAUCGGGAUUAGGUUUAUUUCCUGGGAAUCGUUCUAAUGAAAAUGAUGCUAAUUUGACAAGAAGGGAAUACGAAGGGUUAGAAUGGGUGGAAGACGAUGUUUACCGAGUAAUUCCGGAGGCUUUGGAUCAGGAGAUCCUCCAGGAGUCUAAGGAGUCUAAGGAGGAGGAGGAGGAGGAGGAGGAGGAGGAGGAAGAGGAGGAGGAGGUUGGGGAUUAUGCAGCGGAUCAGGAGGUUGACAAUGCCAAUUUGUCCGCCUAUCAGCAAUUGGCGCUGGCUCAUCGGAGAGACGGGAAUCACUCGGGCUUCGAUAGCCAAGGACAGAAGGCCAUCGAGGACAUAAAACUACGGGUCCUGGCGAUGACCGGCCGGUUUAAUCUCUCCUCUACUGACCAUCAGGUCCAGAGGGAGCGACUCACUAUGUUUACGCCAACUUGUGAAAUUCCUAAAAAUACCGACGCUGAAUCCUGGACUGAUCCUUUUUCGAUGAACAUGUUCUUUCAACUUAAUUUAACAGCCGAGGAACAUAUUGUUGCUGCGAAGUUAAGGUUGUUUAAACUUCCUCAAAAUGAGACUUUAGCAACUACUAGUAGUCCCUCGGAAGAAGAGGAUGGAGAAGAAAAGAAAAUUAGGAUUUCUAUUUAUUAUUAUAUGAGAUCGCUAAAAAAAUAUCGAUCAAAGAAAAAGCUAAUGGACAGCGUAGUGACGCCCCUAACCUCAGAAGGCAGCCAUCUUGCCUUGGACGUGAGACAAGCUUUAAGAUACUGGAGGCAAGCUCCCAGAGUAACUAGCGGGACUAAUAACCACGGCCUGGUGGUCCAAGUUGAAGACCAAGAUGGCAGACCCCUAAAACCGGAACUUUUUAUCCAGAGGGAUGGCUGCCAAGAGGAAAACUCAGAUAACAAGGCAUACCAACGCGUCCCUGCACUCUUCUUUAGAGCCUGUUCUCGUUACGUUCGCGUCGUAAAUGAAGAGGCCGUGACUUACGUCGACUGUAGUCAUAGACAUAGAUCUGCGAGGCAUCGUAAUCGAUCGUAAUACAUUAUUUAAUAACUUUAGUUUGUAGACUAGAGAUAAUAAUAGAGAUAAUGAUUAAUUAGUUUGAAAAAUAAGUUACUUUUUAAGGUUUUUGCUUAAUUUUUAGAGACUGUCAAUUUAACUCUAACUUACUAGAAUUUAUUUAUUUUUUAUGUAAAUAGUUAAGGGUACUUUUUUUUUUUAUUUUUUAUUUAAAUUAAUAUUAAGUUUUUAUUAUCGAUGACUGAAGAUAAUUUAAAUCGUUCCUAGCUAUUUUUUAAAUUUAUUUUGCUGAGGAAUAUUUAUUUUUAUGAGUCAAUUUUUAAUUAGAUUUUAAAAUAAUUGUAAAUACUGUAUAUUCAUUUAAUUUUUAAAUAAAUUUAUUGACAAAUA